GAGGCCUAUAUAUAGGGCAAAAUGGCCACAUGGCCUUAAACGUGGGUUAGAAGCCGUCUAAAAAGAAGCCCCGAUGCAUUUCAUUAAGAUUGCCUUUUUGCUGAGCUUUUUGGCUCUAUGCCAUAAGCACCAGGCUGAGGCAGCCAUAGGUCAAAAACUGGACAAGUAUCUCACCUGUGCUGAGGUGGUCACCGAUUGCGCUGCUCAGCUGAUCGAGAAUUCUGUGUCGUCUAUCAGUGUGCUGGCCGAUUGCGUUGAUUUCAAGCCAACACUCAAGCGAAAUGGCAGCAUUAUCAGAAUCAUUAGGCUGGCAUAUCAAUUCAUCCAAAAGUCGGUCGUUGAGAAGCAGAACUGCGUAGUCAGUUUGUUUUACACGGCCGUGAACCUUAUUAAGCCAUAUAUAGCCAAGUUUGAUCAGCUGAAAUGCUUGGCCUAAGAAGUCUAAAACAAAAAUAUUAAAAAUGCUUUUGUUAGAUGUAUCUUGUUGGGAAAUAUAUCUAUGAAUACAUGUCUUA